GGGAGGGUCCGAUGGAAGCCACCGUCCAGGGCUGUUGCCUUAUUUUUUUACGCUGGCCAAGUUCCUUGCUCCCAGAGAAAAGCGCAAACAGAAGAAGUAAGAGGUGGAGGGAUCCGUUCUCGCUAAACCAAAGCGGGGGGAUAGCGUUGUCAGGCGAGGGAGAGUUCAAGUUUCAGGCCGGUUUGCCAGGAAAAGACCCGAAGACUGAAGAGGUCCUUGCCGGAGAGACCACCGUCGUGCAUCCUUUCACCGGCCCCAUGGAUGAGUCGGGACCUUCCCCGCUUCUUGCACGGAGGCGGGAGCGGCGCGUUAGUUUGGGCGUGAAACUAUCGACGGAACAAAGUUUCCUGGAUUACGGUGGUUUCUGCUCUCCAGAGAACUCGGCGCGCGGGAGGUGUAGAUCUCUCAAGGGAAUUCUGUGCUCCGCCAGAUUUGAAGCGACUCUGGAGAGCUCGGCCAGGUUGAGCCCUCGGUUCCACUUGCUCCUUCGGAUCGGAGGGGUCAGAAAGAAGAGCGGCCUUUGUUAACGACCUCCUUUCCAUCUUAAUCUGAGCCCGACCUCUCAGCGUAGAUUCUGGACUGCUUUUUCUUUGGUUUUAACGCCUGUGGUCGGUACCUUCGAGGGUCUCAUAGGGAGCAUUGCUCCUGGGACAGUUAUUGGAGAAAUGCAACAGUUCUGAAUAUAACUUCAGUGAUAACAUUUGUUUUUUUGAAGCCCCAAAUCGUUGGUUGGUUGGGGGUUUUUUUUUUUUAGGUUUUUUUGGUUUGCUUUAAUGUGGCUUUUGUAAACGCGUAAUGAUGAAUGCUCUUGAACUGCAUAUUAGUCCCUGAAGUGAGGAGUCAAAUUCUGGUCAUCCGAACUGCAGAGAGGGGAGGUCACCCAUCUUUUAACUUCUACCUUCUCUCUACCUGCUGGGGUCAGUCAUUAACAUUUCUCUAGGAGUUGAACAGAGGACCUGUUUCUAACGUUAUUACUGAGACCCCGAGUAAUCCCGGACCGGUCAUUUUUAGUUCAGUCGAGCUUUAGUUUCUUUACCUACAGAGUGGAAGUAACGGUCCCACCUCCAGCCGCCGGAUAUUCCUGAGCUGUCGUGUCUCGUGAUGGUUUGACCUACACAUUUCUCUGACCCGAACCUGGAGACCUGGGAGGAGCAGUGAGAUAUUCUGAGUUCCUACACGUUUGGGAGAACCUGUCUUUGGACCGGUUGUGGGAUUUAUUAGGCAAUAUGAAGAUAUUCCUAACGGAUUGUUUUGGUUUAAAUUAGAAGGGGGAAAACAUCCUCGCCUGUGAAAGGAGGAAGGAUUUAGGUCAGGAAACGUGUAUGCUAUGGUUAACUGGUUCAUAGCCUCGGAGAAUCUUGUUUUUCAUGGUGUGAAACUUGUUCAGCAUCAGGAUAAGGGAUAACGACUCUAUGGAUAUACAGAAUUCUUCACCAUGGUAAAACUCGCUAACCCGCUGUACACGGAGUGGAUUUUGGAGGCGAUCAAAAAGGUGAAGAAGCAAAAACAGCGUCCUUCGGAAGAGAGGAUAUGCAACGCGGUGUCGUCGUCCCAUGGCUUGGAUCGUAAAACUGUGCUAGAACAAUUGGAAUUGAGCGUUAAAGAUGGGACGAUUUUAAAAGUUUCCAACAAAGGACUCAAUUCUUACAAAGAUCCGGAUAACCCUGGGAGAAUAGCACUUCCUAAACCUCGGAAUCAUGGCAAAUUGGAUGGUAAGCAAAACGUGGAUUGGAAUAAACUGAUCAAGCGGGCGAUCGAGGGCUUAGCAGAGUCCGGUGGCUCCACCCUGAAGAACAUCGAACGCUUUUUGAAAGGCCAAAAGGAUGUGUCUGCGUUGUUUGGGGGCGGGGCUACCUCCAUCUUUCACCAGCAGUUGCGAUUGGCUGUCAAACGUGCCGUUGGCCACGGCAGACUACUCAAAGAUGGACCUCUUUAUCGGCUCAACACUAAAGCAGCCAACACGGUGGAUGGGAAAGAGAGGUGUGAGUCUCUUUCCUGCCUGCCUCCCGUCUCCCUCCUUCCGCAUGAGAAGGAUAAGCCAGUUGCUGAACCAAUCCCAAUCUGUAGUUUCUGCCUUGGUACAAAGGAACAAAACCGAGAGAAGAAACCUGAAGAGCUCAUCUCUUGCGCUGACUGUGGCAACAGUGGUCAUCCGUCCUGUUUGAAAUUCUCUCCAGAGCUAACGGUUCGAGUGAAGGCACUACGGUGGCAAUGCAUUGAGUGCAAAACGUGCAGCUCCUGUCGAGAUCAAGGCAAAAAUGCAGAUAAUAUGCUUUUCUGUGAUUCAUGCGACCGAGGUUUUCACAUGGAGUGCUGUGAUCCACCACUCACCAGGAUGCCGAAAGGCAUGUGGAUAUGUCAGAUCUGUCGACCUCGGAAGAAAGGAAGAAAACUUCUACACAAGAAGGCUGCACAGAUAAAGCGGCGAUAUGCCAAUCCAAUAGGACGCCCCAAAAACAGGUUAAAGCAACAAAAUGCAGUAUCAAAAGGUCCUUUCAGCAAGGUGCGCGCUGGCCCCGGUCGGGGUCGGAAACGUAAAAUCACCCUCUCCAGCCAGUCAGCGUCUUCGUCGGAAGAAGGGUAUUUGGAGCGAAUGGACGGCCUGGACUUCUGCCGAGAUGGCAGUACCCCCCUGAAAUUCAACAAGAAAACCAAAGGGCUCAUUGAUGGCCUUACCAAAUUCUUCACCCCCUCCCCUGAUGGGCGGAAAGCUCGAGGAGAAGUGGUGGACUACUCUGAGCAAUAUAGGAUCAGGAAAAAGGGCAUCAGGAAAUCAAGCACUUCAGAUUGGCCCGCAGACAAUCAGGAUGGCUGGGAUGGAAAACAGGAAACUGACGAGCGGCUUUUUGGAAGCCAGGAAGUCAUGACCGAAAAAGAUAUGGAAUUAUUUCGAGAUAUACAGGAACAAGCACUGCAGAAAGUAGGGGUGACUGGUCCUCCUGAUCCACAAGUCCGUUGUCCCUCUGUUAUUGAGUUUGGGAAGUAUGAAAUCCACACUUGGUAUUCUUCUCCAUAUCCACAAGAAUACUCAAGGCUACCCAAGUUGUAUCUUUGUGAAUUCUGCCUAAAGUACAUGAAAAGUAGAACUAUCCUACAGCAGCAUAUGAAGAAAUGUGGUUGGUUCCAUCCUCCAGCCAAUGAAAUUUACAGAAAAAAUAAUAUAUCCGUCUUCGAAGUGGAUGGAAAUGUCAGUACCAUUUACUGUCAGAACCUGUGUCUGUUGGCAAAGCUGUUCCUGGACCAUAAGACUCUCUAUUAUGAUGUAGAACCAUUUCUUUUUUAUGUGCUGACCCAGAAUGAUGUCAAGGGCUGCCAUCUUGUUGGCUACUUUUCCAAGGAAAAGCACUGCCAGCAGAAGUACAAUGUUUCCUGUAUAAUGAUUCUUCCCCAGUACCAGCGUAAGGGCUAUGGCCGGUUCCUUAUCGACUUCAGUUAUUUGUUAUCAAAGCGAGAAGGCCAAGCAGGGUCUCCAGAGAAACCGUUGUCUGAUCUGGGUCGCCUUUCCUACAUGGCUUACUGGAAAAGUGUAAUAUUGGAGUGCCUUUAUCACCAAAAUGACAAACAAAUCAGCAUUAAGAAGUUAAGCAAAUUGACUGGAAUUUGCCCUCAAGACAUUACAUCCACCCUUCACCACCUCCGAAUGCUGGAUUUUCGUAGUGACCAAUUUGUGAUCAUCCGUCGGGAGAAACUGAUCCAAGAUCAUAUGGCGAAGCUUCAGGUGAAUUUGCGACCCAUUGAUGUAGAUCCUGAAUGUUUGCGUUGGACACCUGUCAUCGUCUCCAACUCUGUUGUCUCAGAGGAGGAAGAAGAGGAAGCCGAGGAAGGGGAAAAUGAAGAGCAGCAGAGCCCGGAAAAGGAAAUAGAGAUGGUGAAGCCUGCGUCUUGGGAGAAAAAAGAGCCAGAUCCUUAUUCUUCUUUAGAGAGUGAAAAGAAACCCGACAUCGUUGCACCAGCCAAUUCUGCUAGGGUCAACAAGCAAGUUCUUCCCCUGGAUAGUCUUCCUGCAAAUAAUCAGCCAUCAAGGAGAGGCCGAUGGGGGCGGAAGAGCAAAAAGAUCAGAGAGCCUUUUUGUGAGAAAGAAUCCAAACUACUUGUAGAAGAAACGCCAUCGGUUCCCCGGGGACGAUACAGUGAAUGUGAGGAGAAAUCUGCCCCCUCUCAGGGGCAAUAUACUGAAUGUGAGGAUCAGCCAGCAGCCUCUCCAGGGCGUUAUGGUAAAGAUGAGAAAUCAGAAGUCCCCAGGAGACGAUACAGUGAAGGUGUUGAGAUUUGGAGAGGUCAGCUGAAGAAAACCCCAGAGGUUCUGAAGUGCAGAUUGCCAGAAGGGAGUGAUAGAUUGCCUCGUCGAUAUAGCGAUGGUGACCGAGCCCUCCUGAGGAGCUUUAGUGAGAGUAGCGAGGAAGAAGAAGAAGAACCUGAAAGUCCUCGAUCAACUUCUCCACCGGUUCUGACUAAGCCCACGUUGAAACGAAAGAAGCCAAUUCUUCAUCGGCGAAGGAGAGUCCGAAAACGCAAGCACCACAAUAGCAGUGUGGUCACGGAAACUAUUUCUGAAACAACAGAGGUGUUAGAUGAACCUUUCGAAGACUCUGACUCUGAGAGGCCAAUGCCCCGAUUGGAGCCCACGUUUGAGCUUGACGAAGAGGAGGAGGAAGAGGAUGAGAAUGAGUUGUUCUCCAGGGACUACUUCCAUCGUUUGCCCCCUCAAGACGUCCUCAGGCAUCGACCCUCUUGUAAGAGGAAGUCCAAAGAUGAGGAGGAGGAAUCGGAUGAUGCUGAAGGCACCCCUAUUCUGAAGCCAGUAUCUCUGUUGAGAAAAUGUGAUGCAAAGGAUUCUCCCCUUCAGCCAGAUACUUCCACACCUAUGAAGAAGAAGAAAGGGUGGCCAAAAGGCAAAAGUCGUAAACCAAUCCACUGGAAGAAAAGACCGGGCCGAAAACCAGGGUUUAAACUGAACCGGGAGGUGGUGCCAAUGUCUAGUCAAGAAAGCAGACCCGAGUCCGUGGUACCUGUUGCUAAGGCUGGGCGUAAGCCUAAACCACAAGAGCAAGAAGAGGCUGUUGAGCAGAAAGAUGACCUCCCCCUGGCUGAGGAGAGAAAGGAGGACGAUAUGCACAUGGAAGCCGAAGAGGUGGGAGAGGGAGAAGAAGAAGAUACAACCAGCAGUGAAGUUAGAGCAGCUUCCCCAGUGGACAGCAACAGUAGCCCAGUGACCGAAGUCAAAGAACCCGAGCUAGAGGAAGAAGUAGAAGAGAAGCCGCGGGUCUCGGAUGAGCAGAGGCAAUCAGAGGAAGAGCAGCAGGACCUGGAGGAGCAGGAGCACGAGGAAGAGGAUGAAGUGGCCGUAGUGACCAACGAAAAUGAGGACCACGACGCAGAUGAUGAAGAUGACGGUCACUUGGAAUCGACCAAGAAAAAAGAAUCGGAGGAGCAGCCAGUUAGAGAAGGAGUCAAAGAGGAGCCCGAUGUCCAGGAGUCUUUUUUAGAAACAGAUACACAGAACGGUAGAGAGGACGUAAAGGGCAAAAAUGAGACCGAGCCAGAUUCGGAGGAGGAGCAGGCAUCUCACGAGACGUCGGUCGUGUCCGAGCACCUGCCGGGGUCUGAAGACGACCGCGAAGAAGAGCAAAACACUAAAGAAGCGUUGAUUGAACUGAAAGAAGAGGAAGAGAUUCCUCACAGCGAACUGGACCUGGAAACAGUCCAGGCGGUUCAGUCGCUGACACAAGAAGAAAGCAACGAACACGAUGGAGCCUACCAAGACUGCGAGGAGACGCUCGCCGCGUGUCAGACACUCCAGAGUUAUACCCAAGCCGACGAAGACCCUCAGAUAUCCAUGGUGGAAGACUGUCACGCGUCAGAACACAACAGCCCCAUAUCCUCGGUCCAGUCGCACCCUAGCCAGUCGGUCCGUUCGGUCAGCAGCCCCAACGUGCCGGCUCUGGAGAGCGGUUACACCCAGAUCAGCCCCGAACAAGGAUCCCUGUCCGCCCCCUCUAUGCAGAACAUGGAGACCAGCCCCAUGAUGGAUGUGCCUUCGGUAUCAGACCACUCCCAGCAGGUGGUGGACAGCGGCUUCAGCGACCUGGGCAGCAUCGAGAGCACCACCGAGAAUUACGAAAACCCUAGCAGUUACGAUUCCACGAUGGGAGGCAGCAUCUGUGGGAAUAACUCUUCCCAGAGCAGCUGCUCUUACGGGGGUCUGUCCUCCUCCAGCAGCCUCACCCAGAACAGUUGCGUGGUCACUCAGCAGAUGGCCAACAUCGGCAAUAGCUGCAGCCUGAUGCAGCCAAACAGCGUCCAGCCUGCCGCAAACUGCAACAUCAAGUCACCUCAGAGCUGUGUGGUGGAAAGGCCGCCGAGUAACCAGCAGCAGCAGCAGCAGCAGCAACAGCAGCAGCAGCAGCAGCCGCCGCCCCCGCCGCCACAGCAACCAGCACCGCAGUCGCAGCAGCAGCAGCAGCAGCAACAGCCUCAACCCCAACAGCCUCAGCCUCCGCCUCCACCCCAGCAACAGCCUCCCCUGUCACAGUGUAGUAUGAACAACAGCUUCACCCCGGCACCCAUGAUCAUGGAGAUCCCCGAAUCUGGAAGCGCUGGCAACAUAAGUAUCUACGAGAGGAUCCCGGGGGAUUUUGGGGCUGGCAGCUACUCCCAGCCGUCGGCCACCUUCAGUUUAGCCAAGUUGCAGCAGCUGACCAACACCAUCAUGGACCCUCAUGCCAUGCCUUAUAGCCAUUCUCCUGCCGUGACUUCCUAUGCAACCAGCGUCUCUCUGUCCAACACGGGACUGGCUCAGCUAGCCCCUUCCCAUCCAUUAGCUGGGACUCCUCAAGCACAAGCCACCAUGACCCCACCCCCCAAUCUGGCGUCCACCACCAUGAACCUCACGUCCCCUUUGCUUCAGUGCAACAUGUCUGCGACCAACAUCGGCAUCCCCCACACUCAGAGGUUGCAAGGACAGAUGCCAGUCAAGGGGCACAUUUCCAUCCGUUCGAAAUCGGCGCCCCUGCCCUCGGCAGCCGCUCACCAGCAGCAGCUCUACGGCCGCAGCCCGCCGGCGGUCGCCAUGCAGGCCGGGCCUCGGGCGCUAGCUGUUCAGCGGGGCAUGAACAUGGGGGUUAACUUAAUGCCGACCACCCCCUACAAUGUCAAUUCCAUGAAUAUGAACACCUUGAACGCCAUGAACAGCUACAGGAUGACACAGCCCAUGAUGAACAGCAGUUACCAUAGCAACCCUGCCUACAUGAACCAGACAGCACAGUAUCCUAUGCAGAUGCAGAUGGGAAUGAUGGGGAGCCAGGCCUAUACCCAGCAGCCUAUGCAGCCAAAUCCUCAUGGAAACAUGAUGUACACUGGCCCCUCCCAUCACAGCUACAUGAAUGCUGCUGGCGUGCCCAAGCAGUCGCUCAAUGGACCCUAUAUGAGAAGAUGAGCAAGACGAACUUGCCACUAAAAACUUAAAUAUAUAUAAAUAAAGGAACCUUUUAUACUGACAAACCAGAGAAAAUGGACCUUUUUCCAGUUAAAAUAUUGCUGUAGAUUUAGAGGGAUUUUUCUUUUCUUUUUUAGAAAGCCUGGUCUUUUUUUUUGGUUUUUUUUUUGGGUUUUUUUUUUGUUUCGGUUUUUGGUUUCUUUUGGUUUUGGUUUUGUUUGGUUCAUUUUCGUUCUGGGUUUUGGUUUUCUUCACAAUCCUGAAACAUUUUACAGCAGAAUACAUUGAAAAUGGAUCUGGGGGGCGGGGCGGGGGAAAACCAUGCACAAAAUCUUUUCGUGAUUAAAAAGAGCCUUACUUUCUUCACCACAUGGACGGAAUUUGUGUAAAAGUGAAAUUCUCUUCAUUUUCCUUUAUGAUUGUUUGUUCCCCCUCGCUGUUUGCAGCUCCCGGUGUUGUCAUUUGAAAAUGCUAGGUAUCCAUCUCAAGGGGUAACUAAGCCCUUCCCUCCAAACCCAACCUUUCAUUUCCUACUUCAUUCCAGCAGGAGGCACUUAGGGGAGACUUGGAAGGGGACAUGGAGAACAACCCAAGCUCUUUACCUUUAAACUUAUUUUUAUGAUUAUUGUUGUUAUUAUUAUUAUUAUUAUUAUUAUUGUUUUUUUAAAGUGAGGCAGAAAAAAAGCUUCUCUUCAGAUCCCCUCCUCUCCCUACAUGUAACCUUUCAAAACUUUUUUUUUCCACUUGAGUUUCUUUUUAGAUGACUUCACUGAAGUGUCCGGUUUUUCUUAAAUCAAGAAUAUUGUACUUUUCUAGUGUUCCCACCCGACACUCAAGAGGCACAGGAUACCCUUUGUCUCAGCGAGAGGCAGCAUUUCACAGGAAAGCUGCUUGCAGUCCUAAUCCAGCCUUGGGAUGAGUAGAGCUUUGAACCACCAGAAAGAGGGCAAGGCCCCCUUUUCGGUAGCACUUUAUGAAUCCCAUUUUCCAUCCAAAUUUUAAUUUUUUCGGUAUGUACUUUGAAAUAUCUAGGGUCUUGAUUCUUGAGCCUUUGGGUCUGGGUAAGCUCAAGCAGCAGUGUCAGUGGUUUUCCUCUUUUAAAUUCCGUUGUUUGACGAGUUUGGAUGAGUGUUCAUUUUAGUGAAUUGGAGAAAAAAAGAAAAACGAACAAACAAACCUGAAAGACCUCCGCCACUAUUUCUUUAACAUUUGAGAGAUUGAUGAGAAACAUCUGUUUGUGUGUCAUGAGGGUCUGUAGUCUGAUUUACAUUAGCUCUUCAUACAAGACAUACCUCCAGUUUCCCGGCAUCCUUUGAGAUUCCUUUGUCUUAAAUCUAUCCCCUGGUGAAUCAAGAGUACAUCGGCCCAUCUCCCGAGUGGGGUAACGAGAAGAGGGAUGGCCACCAGCACAAAACGGCAAAGACUAAUCAGCAAGGGUGUUCAUGUGUGCUCCAGCUCCAUUCUCUUUUCCCCCUGUAAAGCCAAGUUUUCCCAUUCUCUUUCCCGUUACUCUUGUCUGGGAUUGAAAAAAACAAAACAUUUUCCAUCAUUGUAAAGGUGGAAACCAUUAUACCACUAGGUAUAUGCCGUCAAAUAUCGAAAGGGGGGAAAUACUGCUUAAUUAAACUUGUAAGCAUAAAGUUCUCUCCUUUAUUUGUAUAUUUUAUAUAGAUAAAUUUUUAAAAGUACUAAUUAGGCAUUAAAAAUUCAAAU